CCCCUUUCCUACGCCGUCUUCUACUGCCCCUAUUUCUGUGUCCGUUUCUUCAAUCUUCCCCCCACCCCCACAACAAUCCGAAAAGCGCUUCUCAACCCUACCAUACAACACCACCGCCACCACCACUUCCACCAAAAGCGCUUCCACCGUCCACCCGCAAAAGCGCUUUCUCGUCGAUGGAGCCGUCGCCGACUACUUCGUGGGCGGAGAUGCUCGGCGCCGUAAUCCACUCGUCGAAGCGCGUCGUCGCGGCGCACUCGCGCCACUUCCUCGCCCUCUCCGUCCUCUUCCUCCUCCCCCUCUCCCUCCUCCUCGUCGCCUUCGUCCCCAUCCCCACCCUCUUCUCCUCCUCCUCCUCCUCCCCCCCUUACCCUCCCCAAUCCCUCCUCUGCUCCUCCCGCUACUCCUCCUCCGCCGCCGCCGCCGCCGAGUGCUUCUCCUCCCGCGACGCCGCGUUCGCCUCGCGCCCCCGUUUCCUCGCCGGGAAACACCUCGGCUACGCCUACACCACCCUCGUCUGGGCCCCCUACGGCGCCCACUGGCGCAAUCUCCGCCGCAUCGCCGCCGUAGAGCUCUUCUCCCCCGCCCAACUGAGCGCUUCCGCCCAGAUCCGGGCCGAUGAGGUCGCGGAAUUGGUCAAAGCCCUAGCUAGGGCAUCCGGGGGCCCCGAUCGGAGGGUCGUGAUGAAGCCGAGGCUCUUCGCCAUGGCGAUGAACGUGAUGAUGCGGAUGAUCGCGGGGAAGAGGUACUUCGGAGGAGAAGGCCAAGGGGGCGAAUUAGGGUUAGCGGGAUCGGAGGAGGAGGCGAGGAGGUUUCAGGAGAUCGUGGAGGAGUCGUUCGCGGUGAGCGGCGCGACGAAUUUGGGGGAUUUCGUGCCGCUGCUUAGGGUUUUGGAUUACAAGGGUGUGGAGAGGAGGCUCGUGAGGUUGCAGGAGAAGAGGGAUACGUUUAUGCAGGGGAUCGUGGAUGAGCGUAGAAGAAUAAGAAGAAGAGGAGGAGAUGAUGAUGAUGAUGAUGACGACGACGACAAGGGCGAAGGAGGGAGGAAGACGAUAAUUGACGUGUUGCUGAAUCUUCAGGAAAGCGAUCCCGAGUACUACACGGACGAGAUCAUCAAAGGAGUUUUGGUGGUAAUGUUGUCGGCGGGAACCGACACUUCGGUGGUGACAAUCGAAUGGGCGAUGGCGCUCUUGCUGAGCCACCCAGAUGUAAUGGAGAAGGCCCGUGCCGAGCUCGACCUUCGAGUAGGCUCAGGUCGACUCGUUCAGGAAUCGGACCUCUCCGACCUCCCCUAUCUCCAAUGCAUCAUCAAAGAGACUCUCCGGCUCUACCCCGCAGGCCCACUCAUCCCAGCGCAUGAGUCCACUGAGGACUGCACUGUUGCAGGUUACCACGUGCCACGCGGCACGAUGCUACUCGUCAACGCAUGGGCCAUUCAUAGGGACCCCACAAAUUGGACCGAGCCAACGCAGUUUCGGCCGGAGAGGUUCUUGGUGGAAAGGGAAGAGGUGGAGGGGUCGAUGGUGAUGUUGCCGUUCGGGCUGGGACGGAGGAGGUGCCCGGGCGAGGGCCUGGCCAUGCGUGUGGUAGGCCUAGCGUUGGCUGCGCUGGUGCAGUGCUUCGAGUGGGAUGUCGGGAGCGAGGGCGUGGACAUGACCGAGGGGACCGGGCUCACGAUGCCCAUGGCAAAGCCGUUGGUGGCCGCAUGCAAGCCCCGGACGGCCGUGAUCCACGCACAGUUAGCUACCGUUGGUGCAGCAUGAUUGACGACCGCCUGCACAUGUUGUAUCUGCACAUCUCGUGCGUUGUUUUCACUCAAGUCUCUUACAUAUAGUUGUUGAAAUUACUUUGGUUGGUGCAGAUGAAAGAUGUAUGAAAGCAAUUUUAGAGAUCCAAGCUUGAAAUGUGA